AUAGUCUCACCGAGCCCAGACAGUGAUACUUCUGGCUACUAUAGAAAUCGCUGCCGACGUGAUGAGCGCGACCGGGGCAAUCGAGGAAGAUCGAAGGAACGGUACCGUAGUAACAGCCGGUACAGCCGUAGCCGAUCACGGUCCUACAGCAGGGAACGUUACUCCUACCCACGGCAGCGAAGCAAUGAACGCGAUUCCUACCGGGACGUGAAUGAACAAACGUACGAUGAUGGCGGUUGGGACAGCCGCGAAAGAUUUCGUGAAAGGAGUCGCGAGCGGGACCGUGAUCGUAGAUCUCGCGAAAGGGAACGAUACCGGGAUCGAAGGGAUCGCGAUAAAGGCGGCCGUCGUGGAGGAUACUCGCCCAGCUCGAUGGAUGAUGGGGAAAACUUUGACAGUGACAAUGAAUUUUUCUAUCAGCAGAAGCCCAACAAUAACAUCAUCAUCCGAGGUCUAGCUCCACAAGUCACUGAAGCUGAUAUCAACAGCGAUCUCAUCCAGUGCGGGUUGCAGGCUCUUCACGUUCGGCUGAUCCGGAAACGAAAGACAGGUGAAUCGAGGGGUUUCGCAUUUGUCGAGUUUCGCACAGAAGAGGAAGCAACUCGGUGGAUAUGUUACAAACAGGGAGUGCUAGUUUUCAACGGACAGCAUGCCGUCAUGCAGUACACUUUUUCGAUGCCGACAAAAUUUCAGACCGAUUGGUAUUGUGCUAAGUGCUACGCGUUCAACUUCCGGCGCAGGGAAAAUUGCUUCAAAUGUCAUGCGUCCCGCGAGGACAGCGAAAUUGGCGGUGAUGGUAGCGACGAGAUGAGCAAUAUUUUGACGAAAAAGAUCAUGCUACGCAAUCUGGAUGUGCUGACGAACGAGGAAAGCGUGAUGAGCGUGAUGCAAAAGAAGCUACCCGCAGAGCUGGUGCAGAAAGUUGGAAAGGUGGUCAUCUGUCGCGAUCCGCUGACGUCAAUUUCUCGCGGGAUGUGUUAUGUGCAUUUUGAAAAUCUGGUCGAUUCAAUGAAUACGCACAAUGCACUGAAGGAGCUAGAUCCACCGCUCAGAAUCGAUGGACGGGAUGUAAUCAUUUCGUACUGCAUGGAUACGGAAAAUAGGAACCUGAUGAAACCACAUCCACAUGCCCAUCAGGGUAGGGAAGGCAAUCGGCAGGGAAAUAGUAAUCAAGCUCAUGGAGGCUCAGGGAACGGUGGCAAUAGUGCGAAUAAUUUCCAAGGCAAUGGUAGCAACAAUGUCGGCUAUCGUAGCGAGGGAGGAAACAAUUAUGACCGGAGCAACAAUUAUGGUAACAGUCACAAUGCGCAUGGAAUGAAUAAGAAUUCUGGCGGUGGUAAUCGAGGAGCUUUUCAGGACAUUACUGCACCACCGCCCGGUGGAUCUACGACUGGGCCGUCAGGAAUGGGAGGCUCUUCAACUUCUUCGUCUGCCGCUGUGGGCAGCAUACCCGACAACUAUACACUAGCGGAUGUGCCACGUUUGGCGGAGUAUAGUGCAUCAAUGUAUGCGUCAAAUGCGGCCGAACAUAAACACUACCUGCAAUACUACACCGAAUACUACACGAAUCAACUGUCGUCGGUUAGUGACGGAAGGUCGCAAGUGGCAGGUCCACGUGCGUCAACUGGUUUGGGUGAAACGGCCAACAAUGGUGCUGCCGUUGCUCAGUCGGCAAUAGCAAGGAAACAGCAUGCUGGACCUAAUGGGAAAUCGGAGAAAGGCGAUGUGUAUGGUUCUGUGCUUGGCGCAUCGAAUUCAUCAGCAGUUCUAGCUGGCCCACAGCUUCCGGUACCGAACGGAGUAGACGGACGAAAGUAUCCUACACCGGACACUUCCUUGUAUCAGUACGAUGAAACAUCCGGCUUUUAUUACGAUCCCACCACCGGACUUUACUACGAUGCCAACUCCCAGUACUAUUACAACAGCGAAACCAGUUCCUACCUUUACUGGGAUCCGGAGAAUCAAACGUACGUAGCUGCACCAGCUUCAUCAUCCACCACGACGACAGCGGCUUCCGGGACGCCUCAAAACGCAAACAGUUCGGAAAUAGUUGGUCCUACCGCAGCAGCUGCUGGAUCAUUGGCCGAAAAUGCUGAGAGAAUGGAAAAAUCAAAAGCAAAAGAACAAGCACCACCCCAGGAUAAGGUGAAAGUUGCUAAAAAGAUUGUGAAAGACAUGGAAAAAUGGGCGAAACAGCUAAAUCAAAAGAAGGAUUACAGUGUCAUUCAACCACCGGCAAGGAUUGAAGAGGCCACGCUAUAUUCUUCGCUUGGACCAUCGAAACCGCUGUCAGAAUCGCUCGGUGGACUUGGUAGCGCGGGUUACGCUGAUGUAGGAUUUUCACUACUGGAGAAAAAGGAACGUGCUGGUGGUGGCACAGCGGCCACAAUGACUGGUGGAUUAGGAGCCAGUUCCGGUUCCUCCUAUCCGUCGAGCGGUGCUCCGAGUAAAUCCGUUACCAGUGCCACAUCGGCAUACGGUGGGUCGGAUUCGGACAAUGAGUUCGGCGAUGGUGAUGGUCCCGCCGAUCGCGAUCUGGUUGAUUUUGACCGGCUAACCUGUCUGCUCUGCAAACGUGCAUUCCAAUCGCAGGAAAUUCUGAUGAAGCAUAUCAAGAUGUCUUCACUGCACAAAGAAAACCUUCAAAAGCUCAAUGCAAAUUUCCGGGCCAGUGGUGGAGGUGGUGGUGGUGGUGGUGGUUCGAGAGGAGGCGGUGGGAGUAGUGACGGUGGUUCUGGAGGUCCUUACAAUGGUUUGCAGUAUCGCGAUCGGGCGAAGGAGCGUCGGGCAAAGUACGGCGAGGAUGAAGCGCCACCGGUCAAUCGCAGUAAGGAACGAUUCCAGCGAGAAAUUGAAAAGCAAACCCAAUCGUCGUCGGCCUAUCCACAGGGUACGGCUUCGGCGGUACCGAUCGGUCAGAAUAACAUUGGCAAUAAGCUGCUACAGAAAAUGGGAUGGUCGGAAGGACAAGGUUUGGGCAGAAGCAAUCAAGGACGUGUUAACAUCAUUGAGGCGGAAGCACGCGUAGCCAACGUUGGAUUGGGCAUUAAAGCGGCGGCACAGUUCGGACGCACGACGGACGAUUACAAAACGUACAUAAAGAAAAUGAUGAAAUCGCGCUACGAACAGGUGGACGUGAAGGAUUAAACACACA